CAAGUUCUGGAAGUGUUGUUAUUGAAUAGAAAAAAAAAUCCGUUUAAUCAAUCUUCUAUCCUUACGGCUAUGUUUAUUUUGCUCACCUUUUUUUUCUGUUUUUAUCCUCUAUCGUUGCCAUUCUUAUUAUUGUUUAAAAAAAAAUAUAAUAUCUCACACGUGUAUGUGUAUAGUGUUCAUUCAAGCGUUUUUCUUUUUGGACCUGCUGUGACUUGUUUAAAGUAUUUUUCAUGAUGAGAAAGAAAUGAUAUGCUACUUAAUGCCGCACAAAACUCUUGAAUUAAUUGACCACGAAAAAUUCAAUUUUAUAUUUAAAGAUCAAAAGAAAAAGUUCAAAAAUCAUUUAUCGAUACAGGUGUAUGUAUGCGUGUGUUCUUUUUCUACUAGCAUUAAAUUGAUGUUCAUAUUGCUUGACCAUUAUUAUGUUUAGUUAACCAUAUCCAGACAUUUUGUCUUAUAUCAUUACAUCAUUUUUAUUUUAAUGUCUAAAGCUAUUUGUCAAAUAAAGAGAUGCACUGCUGAUGCCAUCAAAUCGUUUUUUUUUAUCAAAUGACAAGCUGUGACCAUUGUCAUUGUCUUUUUUCUUUCUUUUUUCAAUAAAUCGAUCCGACAGACGAAUGAAUGCAUAAAAAAAAUCUUAAUAUCAAAUGAGGAAAUAAAUAUCACAUUGGUUGAAUUUUCUUUCCUCAGGUAAAAAUAUCCAAUAGGAAGUGAACAUGAUUUGAUGAUUGAGAUAUUUUCUUUUUCCUAUCCAAUCAAUCCAUUCACCUUUUUUUUUUUGUUCCUCUUUUAUAAAUCAAGCACUUCUCUUUCUACAACGAUCGUUUACAACUAAGGUAACAACUGGACAAAAAUCAUAUUAUCUUGAUGAUGCCCUGCUUUUCUGUGACCCUCUUUUUUUUAUUAACGUCAAGCGCAACAGGUUUCUGAGUGUUUGAGAACAAACUGAUGCCGUAUUAAUCACAAAGAAAAUUCAAGAGAAAAUUCUAAGAUUAAUUGUAAUAAAUUCUUUUGUUUUCUUUAUUUUUAGCUCUAUCAAAAAAAAAAAAAAAACAAACAAAACACUGGCUUAUUAUCCACAAUACGAGGACCUCGGUCCUGUUUCUUCAACUUCACUACCGUCAGUUACUUAUCAACAUCCAUCAGUCUAUUCCAAUUCUAAUACAUGGUUUAAUGGAAUAUCUGAUAAUGAACAUAAUCAUAAUCAUCAUCAUACAUCAUCUCCAUCACAUCUUCUAGCAACAUAUCAUCUAAAUAAUGGAGAGUUAGUUCCGGAUGUUUAUCGUUUACCAAUUGAGAAUACAAAUCCAAAUUCAUUUUAUGUACCUUAUCAAACAACAGUAGUUAAUUCUGAUAAUGAUGAUAAUGAUUUAGAAGAUGGUUCCGAUGAUGAUGAUGAUGAUGAUGAUGAUGAUUCAACAUAUCAUUUAUCAAAACGAAUAAAUAACAAUUCAACAAAUACUAAUAAUAAUAAAAUGACAACAACAGAUCAACGUCGACCAACACGUCCAAAUGGAUCAAAACGAAAACGAAAACGUGUUUUAAAUGGUGUUCAACGUGCUGAAGCAACACAACGUGAAAAACGACGUAUGCUUAAACUUAAUCGAGCAUUUGAAGAGUUAAGAAAAGUUUUACCAGUAACAGAAUUUGCGCGAAAUAAAUUAUCACGUUCAGAAACACUUAAAUCUGCUAUUGAUUAUAUUAAUCUUAUGUUCGAUAUGCUUGAUGCCGCAAAAGGUCAUCAUCAUUCCUCAUCUUGCUUAUAA